AUGGCAGGACCGGGGGGCGAGGGGGACCUGCGGCACCUGCUGAAGCUGCACCGCACUGAGAUCGCCAUGGCUGUGGACGACGUCUUCCCGCUGCUGCACGGCCUUGCUGACCACGACAUUGUCCCCGAGCACGUCUUCAAGGAGACGCUGAGCCGGACGGAGCGGGAGGGCUCCCACCGCGCUUUCCAUGCGCUACUCACCUGGCUGCUGGGCCGUGACGCUGCUGCCGUCCGCGACUUCUGGGCCGUCCUCUUCAAGGACUACAACCUGGAGCGGUACACACGGCUCCGGCCCCUCCGCGGCGCCUUCCCCAGAGAGGUGGAGCUGGGGCGGCAGCGCCGCAGCAGGCGCCUCUCCCCCAGCCCCACGGCACCAGCCCCGCACAGACCCCAAGGCAAGAGGAAAGCCCCUGAGGAGCGGGACGGGGCCCGAGCAGCGCAACCCGCCCCACGGCAUGCUGCCAGCCCCGGGCCCCUGGUGAAGGUGAGGACCACGAAGAAGCUGGAGGGCGCAGAUGCCCCCCGCACCCCUCGUGCUGGUGGUGACUCCAAGAUGGGCAGCAAAGCCGGGGAUGAGCCGUACACCUCAGCCGCCUGUGAGGACUCCCCAAAACCUCUCCUGUCCUGCCUGCAGGGUGGCGAGCCCCGACUGCACCCCCAGGGCCGGUUACCAGCACCUGCCAUGCACAGCCAGGACCUCGCGCCCCACCAGGAGAACGAGGACGAGUGCGCAGCGUGCGGUGACGGUGGCGAGCUCAUCUGCUGCGACGGCUGCCCCAGGGCCUUCCACCUUGCAUGCCUGGUGCCCCCACUGCCCUGCGUCCCCAGUGGGACAUGGCAGUGUGGCUCCUGUGUGGCAAGCACGGCCGAGCCGGAACGGCUGCAGGAGGUGGACGCUGCUGCAGAGCAACCCCCUGAGAUCCCAGGGGACGAGGCAUGCAGCACCCGGCGGGGUGGAGGUGACGGGAGCAUCUGCGGCCGCUGCUUCACCCGGAUCCCCACAUCCCGACACUGCCCCACACCCAGCGGGGACUCUGGGGGGCUGCUGCUCUGCACAUCCUGUGUGGGCACCCUGGACGCAGGCAGCCUGGAGAGCACCGCAGCGGCUGGCGGCCACCCACUACAGGCAGCGAAGGUCGGUACAACCAGCGCCUGGCCCCGGCGGAGGGAAACCGACUGGGGUGUGGGCAGAGGUCAGGCAGGGAAGCUGGAAAGAUGUCUCCUCCCACAGGCAGAGGAUGUCCCCUCCAGCAGUGACCCCAUAAUGAGCAGGGACGAGCUCGACGCACUCCUGGGCGAGGGCACCUGGGACGGGAUCCUGCAGUGGGCCUUCCAGAGCAUGGCGCGGCCCCUUGCAGACACCCACGGACUCUUCAACUAG